AUGAUGUCGUCUCGAGCCAUCAUCGCAGCCACUGCUCAUGUGAAGAGCCUUCGUCUUGUGACACGAGGACAGCAACGACAGCAGUUCUUGUUGACCGUAUCAUCACAGCAACCAUUACUGCGUUCCUACUCUACCACCUUUGCGUGCCUCAAGAAACGCAAGGACGAUGACGAUGACGACGAUGAAAUCAUUACCAUGAACACGGAAAUGUCGGAAGAAGAAGCUCGACAACUGAUUGACGACGAACUAGCGAAAAUGGAGAAGGAACACGCCGAUAAGUUCGCCGUGGCACCAGAAGAUUGGAAACCAGGAAUGCGCAAGCGGAAAUUAGUGGUGGGCCGUAAUCUCGAAGAUUUUGAGCGAGAAAUCUUUCCCGAUCGAUUCGCCGCCAAAUGGACCUUGCGAGAUAAACGCUGUGGCGCCUUGGCCAUUAAAGUGGGCAUGCUGCCUGUCUGGGAUCCCGUCUGGGGUGAACGACACGCCUGUACUUUGCUAUAUGUCGACAACAAUGUAGUGUUGGGACACAAGACCAUGGAGCAAAAUGGAUACACGGCAGUACAGGUGGCUGCAGGACAACGAAAACGAAAAAAUGUCGGUAAAAGCAUCCUGGGACAGUACAAGGGAUUGUUGCAGUACGAUCCAACCGAAAAUCCACCCUUUCUAGUACGAGAAUUUCGUGUCACCAAUGAAGAGCACAUGCCACCACUCUUUUCUUGCAUUCAUGCGCGCCAUUUUGUACCUGGACAAAAUGUGGAUAUUUCUGGAAUCUCCAAAGGAAAAGGAUUCCAAGGAGCCAUGAAGCGGUGGGGAUUUGGUGGUAUGCCGGCCACACAUGGAACCUCCAAGUCUCAUCGACACUUGGGAUCAACUGGAGCGUGCCAAGAUCCUGGAAAGGUCUGGAAGGGCAAGAAAAUGGCUGGUCGAAUGGGAGGUGACCGAGUGACGGUUCAAAAUAUGCGCGUUCUCAAAAUUGAUCGAGGACGAAACUUGCUCUGGAUCAAGGGUCAUGUCCCAGGCCAAAAGGGCGGGUUUGUAGAAAUUCGUGACGCCGUCAAGAAACCACUCUGGAAUACCGAUCUAGUAGAAGGAGCGUUGGAUCGACCCCCCUUGCCAACCUAUGAGUAUGCCAACGAUACAUUGGAAGGCACCGAUGAUGAAAUCAUUGAUGGAUCGGGGGCAGCAGGGCACGAACUAUUCAUGCCCAUUGGCAACGAGGAUCCAUUUGAUCCCGAUUACCGACAUACCGUCGAACAACUUCCUGCGGAUGAUUAA